CAAAAGGACAGUCAAACCUCAGAGAACAGAUGGCAAACUAACAAUAACAAGAUUACAAACUAACUUUUGAACUACUUUUUCUCAAGCUAUUGAACAUGUGGGCAGAAGACGAUUUUGAUGCAUCGGCUGAGCCAUGUCUGGAAAGCUGGGUAGCACCAAGAGAUAACAAGAUCUACACCAUGUACCACGGCACCUCUCGGGAGGCUGCAAAACAAAUUAUCGCCAACGGAUUCCGUCAGUCCAGCGGUGGCAUGCUUGGGCGGGGCGUCUAUGUGAGCCGGGACCUACAGAAGGCCAGUAGGUACCCCCUGGACCUGCCUGAGAAAGAUUGUGUCAUACUGAAGGUCAGGGUCUGUGUUGGCAAAGUGAAAAAAAUUGAUUAUCAAGGACACCACAUGCAGAAGACCUGGCACGAUUACGGCUAUGACACGGCCUGGUGUCCUCCCAACUGUGGGAUGGUGCAGAGUGGCCUGGAAGAAGACUGUGUUUGGGACCCACGACGCAUCACUGUUAUAAAAGUAAUCUAUCCCAAGAUACCUCAACCCAUCCCAAGUGAUAUACAAAGCGCUAUGUACUGGACUGAAGAUGACUAUAUGGAGUCUGGUUUGCCCCGACUGGGGAGAAACACCCAGCCAGAAAACGGAAAAUCCUACAUCAUGUACCAUGGCACCAACAAAGAGGCCGUGGAAGAUAUCAAGAGGUACGGGUUCUGUCAGUCAGAGGAUGGCAUGCUAGGACGGGGGGUGUAUGUCAGUAGGGACAUCCGGAAGGCCAGCCGCUAUCCCCUUGGCGCAGAUGAGCACAAGCGCCGGGUCCUCCAGCUGAUAGUCAACGUGGGCAAAGUGAAGAAGAUCAACUAUCAAGGGCACCCCAUGCAGAAGACCUGGCACGAUCAUGGCUAUGACACGGCCUGGGUGCCUUCUAACUGUGGGAUGGUGCGCAGCGGCCUCGAGGAGGACUGCAUCUGGGAUCCCAGCAGGAUCAAAGUGAGGAAGGUCAUCAAACCUAAGUUCCUGCCACCAUCUGACCGUUACCAGGAUGAUGACAGGAGUAGUUAG